CCGGAUGUCCGGUCACGUGGGGCGCCGGGUUCCGGGUUCCGGGAGGGCGCGGGGUCCAGCGAGCGGGGCCGCCAGUGCGCGGGGAGCAGCGCCAUGGAGAAGCUGCGGCGGGUCCUGAGCGGCCAGGACGACGAGGAGCAGGGCCUGACGGCGCAGGUCCUGGACGCCUCGUCCCUCAGCUUCAACACCAGGCUGAAGUGGUUCGCCAUCUGCUUCGUAUGCGGCAUUUUCUUCUCUGUCCUGGGGACCGGAUUGCUGUGGCUUCCUGGUGGCAUAAAGCUGUUUGCGGUGUUUUAUACCUUUGGAAAUCUCGCUGCGCUCGCCAGUACCUGCUUUCUGAUGGGACCCGUGAAGCAGCUGAAGAAGAUGUUUGAGACAACGAGAUUGCUCGCAACAAUUAUUAUGCUUGCUGUGUGUUCAGGAGUCGAGGAUCCAGCGUUACUUACAUCGACUGACUUGCGCAGUGCUCCUUUCUGCCGCAUGUACCUACCGUCGGAGCUCUGAGUGUUGAACGUGGAGGUGGUCCUUUCCCAGCCCCAGAAAGCGCCUCAUGACAGAGGCCCCUGUGUGCUCUUCGGAGGGGGUGGCUGGGACACAGGGCUCCCCGGAGGCGGUUCGUCUCUUCUCUCAGGGACGCUAGGCUUCAUCCAGGUAGCCGUCGUCUGGCUUCUGUCCCUUCCCCGUGUGACUGUUGUAGUCCCGGCAGCGCGGCCUGAGCCAUGCCUUUCAGGAUGCCAUUCAUCACCUGCUGGGUCUCGUGCGUGGCCGUCAGGUCCUUGCUCUUAAAUUCGGGAUCUGUGUUUAAACCGGGGCAGGCAUGGGCUUGUGGUUAGGUUUGCAUGUCACGCAUUCUGGGUUCUUGGCUGAUGUUUUGGGUAUCGUGGGCCAAGGAAUGCAAGUGUCCCUCUCUCCAGUGAGCGCCCGGCUCCUGAUGGGCUUGUCUGUGUCUCUUGAAGAUUUCUCUUCAGCACGUUCUUGAACUUAGGAGUUAGCAUCAGCUCGUGUGUCCUUGUAACGCCAGGAGGCUUUGAAACAGCUCCUGCUGGCAGAUGUGUGGUCAGGGAAUGGUUUCCGCCCUAACGCGUGGGAGGCUCGGCAGCAGAGGAAAGGAAAUAAAUCCUUUUUAGCUGGACUCUUCAUUCAUGUCCUUCUUCCGCUUCAUCAUAUUUUAUUACCGUUUUUCUAAUUUUUCCAGUUAUUUUUCAUUUCCUGUAUUCACAUGCAUAGCAGCAUAUUAGUAUUCAGCUUUGUGUGGGUUACCGAAGCCAGUGCUGUUAGACGAGGAGACGUUUGUAUUUUACUCGGGGUUUGUGGAGAUGGGCUUUGUUCCGGAUCUCCUGGAAGCCGUCUUAGUGACGUUCUCUACGCAGAUAAGCAGACGAUUGGGAAGGCCGUCAGACAUUCAGAAACACAGACUGUUUCCCAGGAGAGACCAUUAAGUGUUAACAGGACGUAACUUUGGUGGUGGCCUGAGUCAUGACGUUUCCAGCCGAGUGUCCUGCGUGCUCAGGUUUGCUGCUGACGUAACUCGUGCCAAGUCGGACAGUGACGCGGCGACUGGCACCUGCCUGUCUUCUCAGUGCCCCCCUCACGUGGGCCCACGACAGGUUCUGAUCCGCUCACCGCCGUCGCGCUCUAGAGCAGCUCGGCGGACGCCGUCCUCAUUUUCAAGAGCAGAGAAGUGAAGGUGAGAGCAGACGACUGAUUGAUCACCCAGAGGGUCAGGGCUGCUAUGUCACGCAGGCCUGUGCCUGUCAGCCUCCUGCUUGUCACCGUUGCUGUCACUCCUCUGCCUCCUGGAGGGACACGGGGACAUGGAGUGAUGGUGUCAUCUUUGGUGUGAAAAUCGUUACAGUAGAUGCCUUAUGUCAAGUUAAAUAAAGUAGAAUUUUCCAGGUGUUCCCGGUUGUGCUAAGUGCCUGUUGCAGUACUCGGUCACUAAACAGUGACGUCAGCCCUCGCCAGAACAGCCGUCAUCCAGGGAUGAAGAGCCGGGCUGUCGUGAUGAGCACCGAGUCGUGCGUGCCAGUGUCGAACCCCUGUCCCGUACACCCGAAGCUGGUGGAACAUGGGAUGUUAGUUACAUAAGACUUAAAAGAAGUGAAAAACCAGCAGCUGGUCUCCGUCCUCAAACGUCCCGUCUGCUGGUUUGAUCAGUGGCUACUUACUCGGUGCUGGUGGUUUGCCCAGGAUCGCUGCGGCCCAGACGGGAAGUCCCGGACUCGGCCCUGAGUCCGUACAGCCGGAGCGGCCGUGUCCUGGGUUCGGUCCUCGCUUCGUGACGCGUGCCAGCGAGUGCAGGUCAGCUCUCGGAAGGGCUCUCACUUGCUGUUUUUCUCUCCUUUC